AUGCCCACUUUCGUGGACACUUUCUUCGUCUCUCUUGCCCGCCUAAUCUUCUCGUCGUCGUCCUUCACUAUCAUGGCGAACAAGUCUGUCCUCGGGGCCAUUCAAUACGCCAAGGCGGAAGGAAUGGACGUCGAACGCGACCGCGACAGCUCGUCUGGCGACAACUUUCAAGAAACGGCGUCGCUCCUGGAAAAGGGAGUCGAUAUCAGUAGCUCGUCGACCUUUCCCUCGUUCUCAUCGUCGACUUCCGACCUCGCUUUUCAAUCCCGGGUGCCCUUCAACACUCCCGUACCGACCCCGUUGCCGUCCUCUUCUCGUUUGUGCAACCAAGCUACAGUCGAGGUGGAAUCUCCGGAGAACAAGGACGCCUUCUCCGCCUCCUUCUCGACCACCGCGAGCUCGUUCAACAUCUCGCUCAUCAGUGACAUCUCCGAAGACGACGGAGGGCUUGUUGCAUGCACCUCUUUGGAUCAUAACCUGUCAUCAGCUCCAGUAACUCCUCAGGAAGCGACCUUCCCUUCUGGCGUAGGACUCGGCAUCAUGGGUCUCUCGAGGAAAGACGGGAUCACUUCGUUCGACGGCCUUGGGCGUCUCUACUUGCCACGUCAAUGGAAGAGGCCCACGACAGAAGACCUGCACCCCCUUUCUUGCGCCUUCUCCCCCUGCGACCGCCACGGCGAUUUAUCGCUCCAUUCCCAUGGUUCCACCGAGCUGUCUGAUAUCAUGCUGCAGGAGACCCUCCUCACGUUUACCGACGACCCGUUCCACGAGCACACACUAAGCUCCAUCCCCGAGUGCAGGUCGUGGUACGAGCUUGAUCAAAACGGAGCGACAGAGGAGGAGACGGCGCCGAUGUCGGCUGACAAGGUUGUACUGCCGCCGCCUGUCUCUCUUCAGCGUCGGCACAGCGACAAGCCACGUCGGAUUACUCCGCAUUUCUCUUCGUCGACCAUCUCAAGCGAACUCAAACGUUCAACCAGUUCCCUGCGCAAGUCGACUGCUUUGUCAAGGAAGCGGUCGGCGACCUGGCCGACAGCAUCAUCACGGUCGAUUGGAGGUGCGGCGGGUGCAGGCUCUCCUUCGGCUGCUUUCAGUUCAAAUUCGGCUCCGGGCUGGCGUCUUUGA